AUGGCACUCCCCUGGGACAAAUCCCAGCACCAGAAACCUCGGGGUUAUUUUGCCUUUCCAUCUGACGAAAUAGUCUUCGCGCCGGAGAUGUAUCAGGUUCGCCAUGACAAUAAUCGUUCGGUUUCCAAUGUGCAUUUGAGCGAAGUCGAGUUCCAAUACCGACGUUUAGGUAUCGUCCUGAAACUUUCUGUGUCGAUGACUCCAAGAAGAGCAUCUAUCUCAUCCAGGGUCCGGUGCUGGUUAGCCCAAACUUGCUCCAGAAUCUCCUUUCUUUACCCUGGCCCCUUGUCAUUUCGUCCAUCUCAGCCUUAA